CCCAAAUUCCCUUCUCUUCCCUUCCCCCAUUGUUUCUGACUCAAAUCCCUGCUUCAUCAUCACCUCCCACAAUUAAACCCCAAUCACAAUCAAAACCAAAACCCUAAUCCCAUUCUUCAUCUCAUACACAAAACCCCCAUUCCAAUGGCCACCCCCACCCUCCUAGGCCCACCUGAACUCUCCAACCACAAACCCACUCCACCCCAAACAUCCACACCAAGCAACCCCUUCAUAGACCAAAUGGUCUCAAAAUUCAACACCAUCUCAACCCAACCACCCCCAAACAUGACCCUCACAGAGAACGACUCCCCCACAUUCUUAACCACCGGAAACCCAUCUCUCGACUUCUUCUUCCACGUCGUUCCCGACACCCCACCAGAGACCCUCCUCCAAAGGCUCCACCUUUCGUGGGCCCACAACCCCCUCACCGCCCUCAAACUCGUCUGCAACCUCCGCGGCGUCCGCGGCACCGGCAAAUCCGACCGCCGCAACUUCUACCCCGCUGCCAUCUGGCUCCACCACCACCACCCCAAAACGCUCGCCGCCAACCUCCCCUCCCUCGCCGACUUCGGCUACUUCAAGGACCUCCCCGAGAUCCUCUACCUCCUUCUAGAAGGCUCCGACGCCCGCACGAUCCAGAAACAAGAGUGGCAGAAACGAAAAAGAGGGUCCCACAAGAAAAACCCGGAGAAAUCCCAGAAGAAGAAGAAGAAACAAAGUGGGGAAGACCGCGAUACCCAGAAGGAUCAAAAGCCGAAAAGCGAGUCUUUGGGCCAAAGGGUCAACGUCGAGAAGGAGAUCGCGCAUGUCGCUCGAGGAGAGAAAAAAAUUGCCCUGGCGAAAAAGCUCGUUGAUCGCUACACCCACGACCCGGAUUUUCGUUUCCUUCACGAUCGCGUCUCCGAGCAUUUCGCCGAGUGCCUGAGGAAGGAUCUCGAGUUUUUGAAAUCCGGGUCGGCCACAAAAAUCAGUCUUGCCGCGAAAUGGUGUCCCUCUGUGGACUCCUCUUUCGACCGUCACACGUUGUUGUGCGAGGCUAUCGCCAAGAGGGUUUUCCCUCGCGAGGCCUAUAAGGAGUACGAGGAUGUCGAGGAGGGUCAUUAUGCUUACAGGGUUCGCGAUCGGUUGAGGAAGGAGGUGUUGGUGCCUUUGAGGAAGGUGUUGGAGUUGCCAGAGGUUUUCAUCGGUGCCAACCGUUGGGAUUUGAUCCCCUACAACAGGGUUGCAUCGGUGGCGAUGAAGUUGUACAAGGAGAAGUUUCUGAAGCACGAUAAGGAGAGGUUUGAGGCGUACUUGGAGGAUGUGAAGUCAGGGAAGAGCACCAUCGCUGCUGGUGCAUUGCUCCCCCAUGAGAUCAUAGCAUCGUUGAGCGAUGCCGGGGGUGACGUGGCGGAUUUGCAAUGGAAGAGGAUGGUGGAUGAUUUGUUGAAGAGAGGGAAGAUGAGGAAUUGUUUGGCUGUGUGUGAUGUGUCAGGGAGCAUGAGUGGGAUCCCCAUGGAGGUGUCAGUGGCAUUGGGGCUAUUGGUGUCUGAGUUGAGUGAGGAGCCUUGGAAGGGUAAGGUUGUGACAUUCAGUGCUGACCCUAAGCUUCAUUUUGUUGAAGGAGAGGAUCUGAAGGCCAAGACUGAGUUUGUGAGGAACAUGGAGUGGGGGAUGGACACUAAUUUUCAGAAGGUGUUUGAUCUGAUGUUGGAGGUGGCUGUGAGAGGGAAUCUGAGGCCAGAGGAUAUGGUGAAGAGGGUGUUUGUUUUCAGUGACAUGGAGUUCAAUGAGGCUUCUGCUAACCCUUGGGAGACAGAUUACGAAGCAAUCACUAGGAAGUUUGGGGAGAGAGGGUUUGGGGGUGCAGUGCCUCAGAUAGUGUUUUGGAAUCUGAGGGACUCUAAGGCCACACCAGUGCCAGCCUCUCAGAAAGGAGUGGCUUUGCUUAGUGGCUUCUCUAAGAAUUUGCUCACCUUGUUCUUGGACAAUGAUGGGGACCUUAGCCCUUUAGAGGCCAUGGAAGCAGCCAUUUCUGGCCCCGAAUAUCAGAAGCUGCGUGUGCUGGAUUGAUUAAUUAACUACUGUAGAGAGUUUUUUUUUAUUAUGUUUCACAAUAAUUAUAGAAAUAAAAAUACAGCAAUUUUGGUUCA